CCUCCCCGGUCCACUGGGGACCUCCCCUGCAAGGUACCUUCCCUAAGUUGUGUAGGGGAGAAUGAAAGGACCCAACAGCGUCCAGGCUUAAGAACUGUUUGAAACGCAAUGCACACGGUGUGACCGAUGUAAAAUCGGGAGUGCUUGGGAGAAAGCCACUUUGUCAACACGCCUUGACCAAGUUACAGACACUAUUGGCUCCAUGAAGACAUUCUGGGCUGCCUUAAUCUAGCACAACUUUACAAGUUACCGACUCGGAAGAUACUGUUUGAAGUCUGGAGGAAAGGACAGCAGCGCAGCCCCACCUCACUCAACAACCUUCGACCGCUGCGGGCAGCGGACUGGAGUCCGCGGGGCUCUAACAGCCCCGUCCACGUCCCGCCUCCCAGAAUCUACCAACCAGGAGUUUCUGAGGCACGCAAAUAAGCCUCCGCCCCCAGGGGAAAAGGCGUUUCCCCAGAAUCGGCUGCUUCCUUGGUAAACACAGUUUCGUCUACCUCGCUGAUCAGCGAUCAAGUCCAUUAGCCAGGCCGGAAGUGGAGACCCCAGCACCCUCCGCGCGGAGCAGGAAGUACGAAAGGGAGGUGCAUACUCGCCGGAAGCCGAGCCCCGGGCACGCCCACCUGCCGGAAGCGCCGGAGGUGUUUCUCCGACAGGGUUGCUUUUUGACAGGAUCGGUGCGGAGGCGGACAGGCGGCGGGGUCAGGACGGAGGCUGAGGACCAAGUAGGCAUGGCGGAGGGCGGGAGCCCCGAUGGGCGGGCCGGCCCGGGACCCGCAGGUCCGAAUCUGAAGGAGUGGCUGAGGGAGCAGUUCUGUGACCAUCCACUGGAGCACUGUGAGGACACGAGACUCCACGAUGCAGCCUACGUUGGGGACCUCCAGACGCUCAGGAACCUACUGCAAGAGGAGAGCUACCGGAGCCGCAUCAAUGAGAAGUCUGUUUGGUGCUGUGGCUGGCUCCCCUGCACACCACUGAGAAUUGCAGCCACUGCAGGCCAUGGGAACUGUGUGGACUUCCUCAUACGCAAAGGGGCGGAGGUGGACCUGGUGGAUGUCAAGGGGCAGACUGCCCUGUAUGUGGCUGUAGUGAACGGGCACCUGGAGAGCACUGAGAUCCUGUUGGAAGCUGGUGCCGACCCCAAUGGCAGCCGGCACCACCGCAGCACUCCUGUCUACCAUGCCUCUCGUGUGGGUAGGGAUGACAUCCUGAAGGCUCUUAUCAGGUAUGGGGCAGAUGUUGAUGUCAACCAUCAUCUGACUCCUGACACCCGGCCCCCUUUCUCAAGACGGCUAACCUCCUUGGUGGUCUGUCCUCUAUACAUCAGUGCUGCCUACCAUAACCUUCAGUGCUUCAGGCUGCUCCUGCAGGCUGGGGCAAAUCCUGACUUCAAUUGCAAUGGCCCUGUCAACACCCAGGAAUUCUACAGGGGCUCCCCUGGGUGUGUCAUGGAUGCUGUCCUGCGCCAUGGUUGUGAAGCAGCCUUUGUGAGCCUGCUGGUAGAGUUUGGAGCCAAUCUCAACCUGGUGAAGUGGGAAUCCCUGGGCCCAGAGGCAAGAGGCAGAAGAAAGAUGGACCCUGAGGCCUUGCAGGUCUUUAAAGAGGCCAGAAGUAUCCCCAGGACCUUGCUGAGUUUGUGCCGUGUGGCUGUGAGAAAAGCUCUUGGCAAAUACCGACUGCAUCUGGUUCCCUCGCUGCCGCUGCCAGACCCCAUAAAGAAGUUUCUGCUUUAUGAGUAGCAUUCAGAUGCAGCACUGACUGCAGUGAGGAAGCCGUUCAUCUGCAGUGAAAACUGACACGGACUCUGGACUCUGGCAUGCUGGGAACCAUGGCCUGUGCUGACAACUUGGUCCUUGGCUGUCAGUGAAGAAGAAAGGCCACAUUCUCUUGGACUGUGAUUCCAUCUCAGGUGCUUGGGCCAUUGAACGCUCCUUGAGUCAUUGUCAACUGAGAGGCGCAUACAAACUUAAUUUUGUUCCUCUUAAGUCUCUCUGUUUUGGAUUCUUCCUGGCACUUAUUACCAAAACGGCCUGUGAAAUGUGUGCAGUAUGGGCUGAGCCUGGUGAUAGCCGCAGUGGGGAAGGCUUCUUUCUCCAGAGCUAUGCACCUAUUUUAUGUUCCUACUUUGCAACUUAUUGUUCUUUUAAGGCUUGAUAUCCAAACAAAAAGAGAAGCUUGUUAAGAAAAGCUGUAGGGAGCAGGAGUGUGGUUCCUGCACUUGCUAGCCUGCUUUCUUGCUAGUCUGGGGUUGUCUGUAUCUGCUGCUGAUGCUUGUCUGUAUAUGCUGCCAGGUGCACAUCAUGGCUGCAGAGUUCUCUCGGGAGUUGUCUUCAGUCCAGAAUGGCUUCUGGGCUAAUACAUUGAGGUCCCAGAACAGUUUUCACAGGGCAGCACUUGCUCUGCCAAGGGUUUUCUGAUGUCUCACCCUGGGGAUCUUCAGACCUUUAGGAGACUCACCUGGAACUAACCAGUAAGUGACUGCCUACAUUCAGACCAGGGACCAUCCUAAUAGCACUCACUGCCAGUCCUCACAAGAUAAGACGACACAGGGUGCUCUCUUCAGAUUCUCCCAGACAGGAAGUGGGAAAUGUCUUGCUCACUUGCGUGGUUCCAGGCUACAGCUUCUUGGUGUCCACCAGAUAGGACAUCUGGGUGUUGGGUGACUGUUUCUCCUACUUUCUGGCCCUAUGCCUUUGUGGGUGCUCCUAGAGGUCUUUCUCUGUCCUGCCCAAGGUUGCUGGUGGGUGAGAGAGAAGAGCUUAUUGCAGGUGUGCUUAGCUCUUGAGGUGUGAGAGUUAUGAGCAGGUGAGGCAGGGACCACGGCCUUGAGCAUCCUUAGCUUGUUCCUGUUUCAGUGAAAUCACCUUUUGUCUUUGUGAAGCCUGUUAAGAUAUUGUGUGGAUCUGUGAUGAUUAUAGACUUGAGAAUGUUUACGGACAAACAGAUACUAAAUCUGUUUAGAUUUUUGGCUAUAAAAGGAAUUUAACUUGUAAUACUUUGCUAUUGUACCAUUUUGUGUUUUAGCUGACCGGUCAGGCAGUGGUGGCCUUUGUAUUCUGUGGAUGGAGUUCCAAACCCCACCCUAGUAUCUCAGGAAGGCCCUGUGCAGCAACACCAAGCUGGUCCAAAUGUACUACAUGAGUUUUGAUGGGCCUUGCCCAGGCCUGGAGAGUGAGUACUGUAUCUAGGGCAGGAAUGAGCUGGGCUAGAACCUGUCCCCGGUCUCCCCACAGCUGUUCUGAGUGGCCCCAGCCAUAGCUCUUCACUUGGACUUGAGGAGCUUAUUCCGUUCUAGGUUUUUCAGAAUCUCAGCACUGCAGGCUUCUUCUGCUUGUUCAAAACUUCCAGCUGGCAACUCUGAAUGUGACACAGCAUUGGCACUGACUGAGGACAUUUUCCCUUGUCUCCAGUAGUGUUCUGAAAGUGCUUCAUGUCAUUGCUGUCAAGGAUGAGGUGCAGGUUAGGAAAGAGUAGCUGUGAGCACCCCAGGUUCAUGAGAGAGGCACCAUGGGAAGUGGAUGUGACCUCGGUGAGGAUUGACCCUCUACUUAGCAGACUUCUGAGCAGUGGUUACCUGUGUCCUCCCUAGCAUCGAGAUGUGGUAGGCCUGGUCCAAAUGUAUCCCAUGAGCUUUGAUGGCUGAGCUGGGCCUAGCAGAAGUCCUCAGUGGCCUGAAGGCUGUCCCAGCUCGUCUAAGGAGUGUCUGUGUGAUUGUUGCUGUUACUGGGACAGCGACUUGAUUUGAAUGAAGGCUUGUGCAUCCAAUCUUGGCCAGGCAGGUUGGAACCAAUGCUGACUCCUCAGAGUUUAUCUUUGCACUAUUGGGCUUUUAGACAUAUGUCCAGAAACAUACCAAUGCAAUGCCAUACAUUUCGUAGCUAUUUUAUUUGUGAUGUCUGCCUAUCUAUCUAUCUAUCUACCUAUCUAUCUACCUAUUUAUUUAUUUAUUUAUUUAUUUAUACUCUUCCUCCAUAAGAGGCCUGGUCCAAAUGUAUCCCAUGAGUUUUGAUGGCUGAGCUGGGCCUAGCAGAAGAGCUUAGAGGCCUGAAGGCUGUCCCAGCUCGUCGAAGGUAGAGAGUAUUGUCUUGUUUUGACAGUAGGUAAACUGAGGCAAAAAUACUGGUAAAGUAGGUAAUUAGUAAUGUUCAGAUGUUGACCAGUACUGUUGAGGACCGUCAUUUCAAAGUUUCCCCUUUUCUCUUUCAUGAAUGAUUUCUUAGAUUAAAAAUUUCCUGAAAGAAAAUGUACUGACAGUGGGCCUGAGCAGGGGGACAUUAUGCCUGAGGGCUGCCCUGCCCUGCUCAGCCAGUUCCUGGGGCAGCGGAGGCUGCAUGGCAGAUAGGAAGAGCUUCUGUGGAUGCUGGUGAAGGCCUGUGAAGAGCUGACACCUGCUGGCACUUUGUUUGGGAGUGGUCUUGGUCAUGAGGGAACUGCUUCUUAGUGGAAGUGCGCUUAGGUGGUCCCAGUGCUGAGAGCCCACAGUCUGGAGAUGUGGGAUUGACCUUGUAGGGCAGUUGGAUCAUCUUGGCACACAAUGCAGCACCAGCAGAGAGCCAAGAGUAAGCUUGUAAUAUUGGAGGAAAUCAAAUUUCCUCAGCUGAAUGGAUUGUCUUUUAUAUUUCAGUCAUGUCCUUCCUGACAAAUAACAGAAGGCAUGCUUGAAAGGGAUGGUAUGGGGCUAUGGCUUUGCAUGUAAAACACUCCUGAUUGCAGCCUGCCUGGUGGUGAAAGGCACUGUGGCUUUCCCGCUGCCUGGGGUCUGAGCCUAGCCUGGAGGGUUACUGUGUGCAGCCUGAGAAGUCUAGCCAUGCUUUGGUGGACCUCUACCACCCCAGAUCCAUGAGGUCGUCCACAGAGAGUCAGUGUGGCCUUUUUGGUAAGGCUUGCUUGCCCCUCACUCAGGCUUUGGGAACCAGUGGUACUUAGGACACUGGUGAUGUCACCAGUGGUGGUCUGCUGGUACCUUUGUCUCCUUGGUGCCUGCGCACCAGGCACUUGGAGACUAACCCUGACCUGCAGGGGUCUAAUGACUUUCUGUCAGCACACAGCGAUUCCUGGAAGUGCCUCUUGACUUGGGGGCUCCUUUCUUUUUCUCGCUUAUUAUCGCCACAUUGCUCUCCUUCCCAUAGUUCCUUGGUGUGCAAUAAAGUAGUAGGCACAUGUGUAUAACUGGUUAGGGAGUCUCAGUCAUCCCGGGAGGGUCCCAUGGACGGGCACCCGCAAGCUCUGAGCUGCGCAGUGACACUCCAGCCUGACAGAGGAUGGUGAGCUGAGGAGAGCACGGGAGAACUGCUGUAGCCAGAACAGGCACCCGGCACUGUGUCAGCCAUGCAUGGAACUCUUCUGUACUGGGGAUCGAACCCGAUCCUGUGCCUAUGAGGCAAGCACUCUACCACUGAGCUGUAUCUUUAUUUCUUAGCUAAGCCAAACAACAGAAGGAUGUUUGUAAAUCUCAUUUGAGAUUGGCAUUUAUGAACCUAGCUGUCUUGCAAUGGGACAGUUUACUUCUGACAUCUUGCCAGCAGUGCCCUGCUGUCUCCUUCAGUGUCUGUACAGCGUCCACUACUUCUGUUGGUGUAGGGCAUGAGUAGUGUACCAUGCACUGGGGACUGUGUGCUUGUGCUGAAGACAUGCUCACUGCAACCCUCUGUUUCCUGUUUGAGGAUGAAUGAGUGCUGUUUGCAGUGGCCAGGACCGACUGUUUUUGCCCUUGUGCCUAGUUAAGAGAUUUCAAAAGUACAAUGACAUUUUUAUACAUUCUUAUAAUAAAUGCUUUAUUGCCCUCUGA